AUGUCGGACCCGAGCUACUGGGGCGCGGCGCCGCCCGGCUACCGGGGCCAGCGGGGCCAGGGGGACCUGCUGCAGCGCUCCAAGAGCUGCCGGAGCAGUAACAGGAAAAGCCUGGUGGUGGGAACGCCGUCUCCAACCCUCUCACGGCCUCUCUCCCCGCUCUCUGUGCCUACAGCUGGGAGCAGCCCUUUGGAUAGCCCACGGAACUUCUCCACUAGCACGUCUGUCAGCUUUCCCUUUGCUCGCAGUCAUGCUGCUCGGACUGACAGGGCUGAUGGCAGAAGGUGGUCACUGGCUUCGCUACCCUCGUCUGGCUAUGGGACUAACACCCCCAGUUCCACUGUCUCGUCGUCUUCAUCCUCUCAGGAGCGUCUGCACCAGUUACCGUACCAGCCCACCCUCGAUGAGCUGCAUUUCCUCUCUAAGCAUUUCCGCAGCACAGAGUGUGUCACGGACGAGGAGGGGCGCCGUUCCCCCUGCCUGCGGCCACGAUCCAGGAGCCUCAGCCCUGGACGAACAAGUGGAGCUUUCGAUAAUGAGAUUGUUAUGAUGAAUCACGUCUACAAGGAACGAUUCCCGAAGGCCACAGCGCAGAUGGAGGAGCGCCUGCAGGGGACCAUCACUAGCUGCUCGUCGAGCAGUAUGCUGCCCCUUGCUGAUGGCGUGCUGGGGUUCAUCCACCAUCAGAUCAUUGAGCUGGCCCGAGACUGCCUGGCCAAGUCCCAACAAGCUCUCAUCACGUCACGCUACUUCAUGGAGCUGCAGGAGAAACUGGAGAAAAUGCUCCACGAUGCCCAGGAGCGUUCAGAGAGUGAGGAAGUGAGGUUCAUUGACCAGCUGGUCAGGAAGCUGCUGCUAAUAAUAUCCCGCCCUGCCCGCCUUCUGGAGUGCUUGGAGUUUGAUCCUGAGGAAUUCUAUCAUCUUCUGGAAGCCGCGGAAGGACAUGCUAAAGUAGGCCAAGGAAUAAAAACUGAUAUCCCGCGGUACAUCAUCAGCCAGCUGGGGCUUGCCAAGGACCCUCUGGAGGAAAUGGUUCAGCUGGAUCAUUUUGAUAGUGGGAACACCAUGACCCCAGAGAAUGACGACUCCCAUGAGAGCCGGGCCUCAGCUGCCGCUUCUCGGAGGAAACCCUGUGAGAGUGACUUUGAGACCAUCAAGCUGAUCAGCAAUGGGGCCUAUGGGGCCGUGUAUCUGGUGAGGCACAGAGAGACCAGGCAGCGUUUUGCUAUAAAGAAAAUUAACAAGCAAAACCUCAUUCUGCGGAACCAGAUCCAGCAGGUGUUUGUGGAGAGGGACAUUCUCACCUUUGCCGAGAACCCCUUUGUGGUCAGCAUGUUUUGCUCCUUUGAAACCAAAAGGCACCUGUGCCUGGUGAUGGAAUACGUGGAAGGAGGGGACUGUGCCACGUUACUGAAGAACAUGGGUCCUCUGCCAGUCGACAUGGCCCGGAUGUACUUUGCAGAGACUGUUCUAGCUCUGGAAUAUCUUCACAACUAUGGGAUUGUGCACAGGGACCUGAAGCCUGACAAUUUGUUAAUCACUUCGAUGGGUCACAUCAAACUAACAGACUUCGGCCUGUCAAAGAUUGGGCUGAUGAACAUGACCACGAACUUGUAUGAAGGACACAUUGAGAAGGACACUCGAGAGUUCAUGGACAAGCAGGUGUGCGGCACUCCCGAAUACAUUGCGCCAGAGGUGAUCUUAAUACAAGGCUACGGGAAGCCUGUCGACUGGUGGGCCAUGGGCAUCAUCCUGUAUGAGUUCCUCGUGGGCUGCGUCCCCUUCUUUGGAGACACCCCAGAAGAGCUCUUUGGGCAGGUGAUCAGCGAUGAAAUUAUGUGGCCUGAAGGCGAUGAAGCUCUUCCUGCUGAUGCUCAGGAUUUGAUCACGAGGUUGCUGAGGCAUUGCCCGCUGGAACGAUUAGGCACCGGUGGCGCCCAUGAGGUGAAGCAUCAUUCCUUCUUCCACAACCUGGACUGGAAUGGGCUGCUGCGGCAGAAGGCUGAAUUCAUUCCCCAGCUGGAGGCUGAGGAUGAUACCAGUUACUUUGACACUCGCUCUGAAAGGUACCGUCAUUUGGGCUCCGAGGAUGAGGAAACUAACGAUGAGGAAUCAUCUGUGGAAAUCGGCCAGUUCUCAUCGUGCUCUCACCGCUUCAGCAAGGUUUAUAGCAGCUCUGAGUACCUGGCAGCUCACUCCAACUUGAGCUUCUCGUCCUCCGAGCGCAGUCAGAGCGAGGAGAAAGAGGACAGGACAGAGCGGUGGGACAGGAGCUCAGGAGACGAAGACAAGAGCCGGCUGUCGGGCACAGAGACCAGGCUCCGAUCGUGGACGUCCUGCGGCUCGACAGCCUACUCCUCCCGGCACGAGCGAAGCUGCAGCCCUGCCACCCUCACCAGCACCUUCAGCCUGGAGACUAUGCCGAAGUUUGCUUUCUCCUCCGAAGAUGAGAGCCCCUGCCCAGGCUCUGUAAAGGCUGAGAGGCCGAUGUUUGUGCUGGGGGACCCUGAAGCAGGGGCAGGAGGAGCAGCAAAGUCCUCAGUGUUAUCAGCUGAUAUUGUCAGUCUGAACCGCAUCCGCCUGCGGAGCAACAGCACCGGCACCAAGAACUCCACCCCCAGAGCCCUGGAGCCUGGGCUGGGCCGCAGGCUGGGGAGUCCGAAGAACACUCCGGAGAAGCAGAGAGUGUCUUCAGGAAGCAGAGUGCCUAAAUCUGCUUCUGUCUCAGCCCUGUCCCUGAUCAUCACCUCAGAUGACUGUGCCAGUGGAGCCCUCAUGAGCCCCAUCUCCCCACACUCUCUCUCUUCCAACCCAUCCUCUCGGGACUCAUCCCCGAGCCGGGAUUCCUCCCUCAGCAUCACCAGCCUGCGUCCGCCCAUCAUCAUCCACAGCUCUGGAAAGAAAUAUGGCUUCACCUUGCGCGCCAUUCGUGUGUAUAUGGGGGACAGCGACGUGUACACAGUGCAUCACAUGGUGUGGAGCGUGGAAGAUGGGAGCCCUGCCCAGGAAGCUGGGCUGAGAGCUGGGGAUCUCAUCACACACGUGAAUGGAGAGUCUGUGCUAGGGUUAGUUCACAUGGAUGUUGUGGAGCUGCUGCUAAAGAGUGGCAACAAAGUAGCGCUGCGAACCACUGCCCUCGAGAACACAUCCAUCAAAAUCGGUCCUGCUCGGAAAAACAGUUCCAAGACCAGGAUGGCCAGAAGGAGUAAGAAAAGCAGGAAAAGGGACAGUCAGGACCGGAGAAAGUGCCUUUUCAAAAAGAUCUCCAAGCAAACGACUGUACUGCACACCAGCCGGAGCUUCUCAUCUGGCCUCCAUCACUCCCUGUCAUCAAGCGAGAGCCUUCCAGGAUCUCCCACACACAGUCUGUCACCUGGACCUACAACUCCCUGCCGCAGCCCUGCUCCAGACCUCCCAUUAGAUUCUGUCUCCCCACAGAGCACCUCCCCAUCCUCUAGCACCCCCACCUCUCCUGCAGGACACAUCAGACCGAGCUCUCUUCAUGGGCUAGUGCCGAAGCUCAGUGGUCAGCGUUACAAGGUGGGGCGCCGCAAGUCCACCAGCAGCAUCCCCCCAUCUCCCCUUGCAUGUACUCCUUCCUCAGUCCCACAGCCGCCUUCUCCUCAGAGGUCCCCAUCGCCACUACCAAGUUACACCAAAAACGUUCAUUCCUUCCAGGGCAAGACCCUGUCUCCCCCCACCAUUGUCAGGCAAGUGUCUCGGCCCAGGAGUGCCGAAGGCCCCAGGUCCCCUCUGCUAAAACGAGUCCAAUCUGCUGAGAAAAUUGCUACCUACCUAGCAGAAAAGAAAACCAUCAGCAGCCGGAAGCUCACACUGGAAAUGCCUCCAGGAGAUGGGAUGGGGGAGGCUCUGGGGGAGCGGGAGACUCCUGUCCAGGCGGGAGAGCUCUGUGCUGUGGCUUACCCAGGGACCCCCCGAAUGAGAGACUGGACAGGGGAAAGGCACGACCGUGACCAGGAGGUCGUUGUCAUGAGGAGGCUGAACCUGUCGGAGCGCAGAGACUCCUUUAAAAAGCAAGAAGCUGUCCAAGAAGUGAGUUUCGAUGAGCCAGAGCUGGUGCCUGUGAGUGAGGAUGGCACGAAAGUAGAGGCCAAGCCGGACAAGGAGCGUGCGCCAUGGAGACUUGCCCCUCAUGCAGCUUCCUGGGUGGAGACCAGACCAAGUUCAGCAUUUGGUAGCUCUUCAGAGCCCCCAAACCCAGAGCAGAUACCUACUGUGGUGCCCCAGAUAGCAGUUCAAGGGUCAGAGAGUGAUGAACAGGAGACUAACACAGCUGAGUGGGAAUGCCAAGGGUCCUACCCUAUCCAGUUGAUGGCCAGGGUCUAUACUGAACAAAUGGAUGGAACUACAGCAGUGGAAUGCAAGAGUGUCUCCUCCCAGUGUAGAGAGAACCGGGAGCAGAGAGAGCUCUGUGCGGGACAAGAGUCCUCACCAGCGUCUGGGUCCCCGCAUAGGACAUGUUGUGGUAAGGACAUGGUGGGCUCACCCCAGCUGAGCAAAGCACCUCCAAGGCUGAAGUUGUGGGGGAGCUCAGGAAUGCAGGAGCAUGAGACACCCAGAGCAAAUCAACAAAAGAUGCAUGAUCAAGCUCGUAAAAAAGUCAAGGAUGAGUAA